AUGGCGGACGUGUACGAGGACGGCGACGACCCGCCGCCGUCGGCCGCGGCCCGCCCGAGGAACCCCGCCGCCGAGGAGCGGCGGCUGGAGUCCCUGGUGCGGCGGCACGUGGCCGACGAGGCGACCGUCGGGGCCUUCGCCGGCAUGGGCCAGGGCUUCUUCGCGGCGGCGCGGGAGCGCCUCGCGCAGCCGAGGCCGGGGGCGGCGCCGCAGGACGGCCUGGAGACCCCAGGGCGGUCGGACGAGACCGGGGUGCUCGCCAGGCACAGGCGCUUGGUCGAGGCCGCGAACCUGGACCGCCAGGCCGCCGCGGAGCGCAGGAGGGCCGCGGUAAGAGACGGGCGCUGGGAGGACCUGCAGGCCCUGCGGGAGGAGCAGCGGGCGGCGGCGCAGAGGGCGUCGCGGAAGCAGCAGGCCGCCAUCGAGCUGGAGGGCAGGCGGCGUGCGCAGAGGUUCGCGCAGAAGGCUGUGCGGCCGGCGGGGGGGUGCGACGGUGCGGCCGUGAAGCGGGCUCGCCUGUCCUUCGCGGCGGAGGACGGCGGUGGCGAUGCCGAGGAGGAGCCGCCAGGCUAG